CAAAAGGUACAAAUUGAAGCUCCCAUCGAGGUUUUCAUCUUUUUGUCAACUGUACUAGUGUUCAUGUCUGCGCCGUCAUUUUACAUUGAUUUUGGAGCGCCGAAUCGUUUUAUGACAGUCACAGAUUGCAUUCUUGAAUUUGGUCAUGUAGUAGCUUCAAUGGAAGGGUGGUUCUCCAAAAUUGAUGAGUUUAUUAAUACAGACUGAGAUAACUCAUCUCAUUCGAUUAAGGAGGUCUUAUGGAAUUCAAAAUGAGGUUCUUGACGUGCUUCACAACUUUUGCGCUGGUUGGUCUGCUGAUCGCCGACCCCGUGCCUCACAAAGAACAUGAGCCUUUUUUAGUAACACUCGAUUUUUACAAGGAUGAAAUGGUCAUAUACAGAGGAAAGCAUGACAUAGUCAAAAUACUUGUUCCAAUCAACUCACUCAACUUCGACGAAUCGGAUUCCAAUGAAUCAGAAUCAAUUGAAGAUGAUUCCGACAUCUUCUUAUUCUUUGUAGAAGCUGAAGAACAGCCUGACGGAACUCGUCAAGAUAAAGGACUCUACGUUUUCAAGGAAGGAAAGGCUACAAAGAUCCUCGCCAACGGUAGAGAUGCUGCUGCAUCAGGAGACGAUAGUAAAAUUGUUUUCUUUGGCGCUGCAGAUGGAAUCUAUGUAUAUAACAAAACAACUAAUUCUGCUGACAAGUAUGGACCAAUAACAGACAGCAUCAUUGCAAUUGCUACAGAACAACCAGGAGAUGUGCUAUACAUUUUGACCGAAAACCGUGAAGUAUUCAAAGUUAGUGGCAACGGUGGGAAAAAAGAGAAGCUAGAUGAUGUUGUGAACGCUAAAGAAAUUGUUUUGGAUAAAACAGACCACCUGUACUUCGUUUCCGUUGAUAAUAAACCGUACGUGCGUAGAACUUACGGUAUUAACCCAAUAAUAGGUCUGCCGGAACACCUGUCUAACGUCAAACUUAUUAAACCUCCAUUCUUUCUGAACGAUGAAGUCGCAUUCUUAGCUAAUAACAGAGUUUACUUUAUAAGCAAUUACGGUUCAAGUACAAUGAGUGAAAUUGAAUUCAAGCCUGAAGCGAAGCCGACUGCGUAUGCCCCAGAAGCAUUGAUCCAAUACUAUGGUUUUGAUAAUAAAAUCUAUGAAUUUCGAAUCUCGUCGCUGCGUGAGGACGCCACGCCGGAGGAACUACUCAGCAAUUACCUCAACUCAAAAGCAUUUGACAACAGAACAUAUUGCUUCGACAAUCAAAAGUCCGGCGUCGCAAACUAAGAAAUAAAAUAAAAUAUAACAAGCAAAUAGUAAUACUAUUCAUUUUAUUUUUUCUUUGCUUACUUCUGAUAACUUUGUUCAGAGCAUAAACAUUGGAAUUAUAUUUUUUUUUUAGGCCAACUCAGAAAGAAGCGCUAUGAAAUAUCUGCUCGAGUCUUAUCUGCUAAAUCUCAAACCAGUUGGGGAUUAAACUUUUUAGCCAU